ACACCGAUAACCUCGACGAAAAAUUAAAAUAAAAUAAUUCAAGUGCCAGUUCAAGAAUUUCGGGCGUGUGAUGUGUGUGAUGUAAUCGCCCGGCCGCAAAAUGCGUUUGCCGUCUGUCGCUAUUUUGGCAAAAAUUUGAUUUGCCCCAGGGCUAGCGAGUGAUGAACAAUCAGCGGUAUGGCGGCAUUCAGUGGAUACAGCACCACGUCUCCGCUGGGGAUUCCUCCGAGGUGGACAUCCUGGAGAGCGAUGGUGCAACGGGAGCGACAGGCGAGGAUCUGGACCAUAUGGCAGCCGAGAAUCUGAUAUUUAUGGCGCGUGACGGUCAGCUGAGCGAGAUAAUGGCGGCCAACGAGGCGGGCGGAACGGUUCUGGUCACUGCCGACGGGACAACGGUGGCAUACGCCGAAUCCUUCGAUGACGACGCCCAAGUGGUCACCGAGGAAGUUAUCACGGACGACUGGGUUCAGCACCAAGGAGCUGAACGUGUGGAAAUCGCCGCCGAGCAGAUAGCCGGUAUAAGCAGCUCGCAGGAAUUGCUGGACAUGGAGCAGGAUGAGUACACCGCGCUGAGACCCUAUCCCUGCGACUUUUGCAGCCGUCGCUUUCGAAAGAAGGCCACCUUAAACAACCAUAUGUUGGCUCAUCAGAACGAUCGACCGCAUCUCUGUAAGCUGUGCGGAGCACGAUUCUCGCGUCGUCCGGAGCUCAUCAGUCAUUUUAAGGCCCACGCAGAGGCCCAGGAUGCAGCCGAUGCCGAGGCAGCAGCAGCCGCAGCAGAUUCCUCCUCAUCCAUUAAGUUUGAGCACCAGUCGCAGCGGCAAUUCGAUGAUCACUACUACGAACAGGAGUACCAGCUCUACCAGCAGGAACAGGAACAAGCCCAGGAGCAGGAGUUGCAGCAACAGCGACAUCAGGUCGUGGAGGAGGGCGAGGUUCAACUCGUGGCCAGCUACCCGGCGGUUGCACAGCCCGCAGCUCCGACACGAGGUAGAAUAAGUCGGUUGAAGCCCAAGGAGGAAAGUAGCCAGUUUAUAGUUAUUUCGGACAAGCCGACUGCCAGUGAGUUGAGGGACUACAUGGACACGGAGCCGACUCAGCCUGUGGUCAGCACGUCACAACCAGUUGCCGUCGAGCCUCCUCCUCAGCCGAAUUUCCCAGUGCUGGACGACAGUAAACCUUUCGUGUGCCAACAGUGCGGAUUGGCCUUUGCGCGGGAAAAAGCACUCGUCUCACAUACAAAGAAUCACCGCGUGGACUCGCCAUUCGAAUGCAACCAGUGCCAGGAAAUGUUCUGGGAUAACAGUAGCCUGCAGGAGCACCAAAAGACGCACCAAUUCGAGGAGAGCAACUCUGAGUACGAUCCUGCGUCAGCGGAGGAUAGCGCCAGCGAAUCGGAGCCAGAGGAGCAGUUGUACGGAGAAUUCUAUUGCAACGAGUGCGGAAUCUCUUUCCAUCGUCAAGAUCUACUGCGGCGACAUGCCAAGCUGCACUAUAAGCAAACGGAUCAGGCGCCGGGAGAAGGCAAUUCCGAAGUCACUGCUGGCGGAGAUGUGGAGCUUGUCAAAGAUUCAAGCGGUCACUGUUGCAACACGUGCGGCAAGUCCUUUCCCAGCGCUUUAGAGAUGCUCUCUCAUGCUGAGAUCCACGCUCGGUUUCCGGCCUUUAAGUGCGUCCUGUGUGGAAUCAGCUUUUACGAGGAACAGGCAAUCAAGCGGCACCUUCACACCCGCCACCCCAGCGAACUAAAGACCAAUUCCUGCGUACUUUGCGGCAAGGAGUGCCGCGACCGAAAAGCCCUGAUAAAGCACGCUUGGGACCAUUCCCGCGAGAAAUGCCAUUCGUGCUCCAAGUGCGGCAAGAACUUCCACAAUAAGGCGCGUCUAAAGCGGCACAUGGCCUCGCACCGCGACAAGUCGGUGGUGUGCGAGGUGUGUCAGGAAGAGUUCCCCGACGGACGGACGCUCUCCAACCACCGCCACUCCCACAGCACCACCUCACCGGGCAAACUGUUCCCGUGCCAUGAGUGCGGUAAGACGUUCGGGUCGCGUAGCUCACAGCAGAUCCACGUGCGCAUCCACACGGGCGAGCGUCCCUACGGCUGUCGCUACUGCUGGAAAGCCUUUGCCGAUGGCGGCACUCUGCGCAAGCAUGAGAGAAUACAUACGGGGGAGAAACCUUAUGCCUGCUCAGUCUGUCCUCGCGCCUUCAAUCAGCGGGUGGUGUUGCGCGAGCACAUACGCUCCCAUCAUUCUGGACUGGAUGUGGCGCGGAAUACGUACCACUGCACGGUCUGUUCCGAGGAUCUGGCAUCGUCUAACGACCUUAUCCAGCACCUCAUCCAACACAGUGACUCAAACACAGCCAAACAGCGUCAGCCCGUUACGGGGCCGCGUAAAUACAAGAGGCGCCGCAAACUGCAGCCGCAUGAAAUCGCCCAUAUGCGUGCGGAGCACAAAGGCGCCAACGAGGAAGAGGAGGAGGAGGAGUCCACGCGAAAAGGCGAUGCAGAUGAGUACGCCAGUGACAUCGAUCUUUGCGACUUUGCUGUGGACGAUCUCUUUGACAUGGCAGAGUCGCCGAAAAAGGAGAAGCGAAAAAGAGCCGCUGCAGCUCCAAAAUCUGAAGCUAAGCCCGUGACCAAUGGCAAAUCGACAAAGCCUGUUCAAGAAAAGAACAAGGUGAAACCGAGAUACGACUCCACCAGUAGCCAGCAAUCGGAUCGCAUUUGGGAGGAAAAGUUUCUGCACGACAGCCAAGUGGCGCUUUUCCAGAUCGAUUCUCUGGUGGUGGUCAACGAUACUCAUCUCCAGCCCGCCACUUCCGCUGCAUCCUCAGCGAUGCCCAAUACGAGGGGUGCGGCCAAGCAACAAGGAAAAGCGCUGACGAAACCUGCAGAGCAGGGAUCAGGAAAUUUCAAUUCAACCGAAGCGCCAAGCGUUUCCACAUCCUCCGCCACCAACUCUUCUUCCAGUUGUCGUAGUAGGAAGAAGGCAGGAACCAGCAAGACUGUCAACAAAGCACCACCUGCCAGCAGUUCGCGUCCUCGUAUGAUUCACACGGAGAAGGCUAAGGUGCCUAAGGGAAACGCCACAGAAUCCUCCAGUAGUGCGAGCAAGAAGACGCGGUCAAAAACCUACAUCAGUCGCACGGAGACGACCAAUCUGGGCUUGGAUAAGACCCGCAGCAGUGCCUCUAACAUGGUCGAUGACUAUGAGAUCAUUUCCCCGGCCACCCAUCCACCAAAUCAGAUCAGCUCCAGUCCCUUGCACAUAAAACAGGAGCAGGAGCAACAGCAGCGUGUCCAACUGAUGUACGACGACAAUCUCUUGAUAGACGCUGGUCUGCUGAGGGAGAAGACGUACGAGAAGUUUGACCCGAGCAUUGUCAACGAUCUGGAGGAGAUUUUGCGCUCGCCACUCAAGCACGAGAGAAAUUCCCGCCUGCGCUUUACUAGCGAAUCUUCGACCACGCCGCAGUUUCUUCCCGAAGAGGAACAAAACCUGAUCAAAAUCGAGCCAACGUCUCCAGAUUUGCGGGAAAUGGUGGAGAGUCAGCAGAGAGUAACAGCUCCUACUGGUAACACUCCUUCAUCCUCCUCUUCUGCCAGAACUUCCAGACAUCUGCGACAGAUCACUGCCAAUGGUACCAGGGCAGGAAGCAAGAGAUCGGCGGGAGGAGCUCCGACAAAAUCCUCAGCGAACUCGGGAGUGGCUGCCAAAAAAGCGAGCACUGCCACCAAGGUCGGGGGCAGCAGUUCAUCCUCGUACCUCGGCUACGGGGUGGACGCCUAUAAUGUAAACGGUGCUGCUAGUGCCAGCACUGCCGAUGUGGGCGGCGGAUUCUUUUCCAUCUCGGAAGUUGUUUCCGCUGCCGAUGCUGCGGACGCGGCGGCCAAAGCGGCGGCGGCUGGUAAAUCGGAACGGAAAAGCCGCAGCUUCGAGUGCGAAAUGUGCUCGGCGAUCUUCUAUGAUCGCGCCCAACUGCUGGAACAUGUACACAUUCAUAUUUGAAUGGAAGCUACCUAAACCACUCGCCCGAAGCCUUGUAUUUUUUGAAACCGCUUAUCCUAAUAUACAAACUAAUUCGAAGUGAAUUACCUCAUGGUAUCGUGCAUCGAAACAUAUAUCGUUGACUUAUGCGUUAUUUAAAAUUUGAACAUAUACAACUAUUGUAGAGAGCUUAGUUCGUAAGACUUUUAAGUUUGUACCUUUUGUUUUGAAGAAAUGGUAUGCUGGAAUAAAUACAUCAUUAAAUGGUU